UUCCAAUACGAUGUGUGCGCCUGCAGGAGAGAGGAGACAAGUGUGGGGACUGGGAGCGGAGAAAUUUUUUUCUCCCCGCAGUUCACUGGCGUAAGAGCAAAACACUAGCACACUCCGAGUGAACCGACUCAAACUUUGGGACAGGGAGCGCAAACGUCCUUGUCGUUUUUGUCACCGAAACGACUAAACACCACUUUAUCGCAAGUUCUUAGGAGGAUAUAGAGAAGAAGGAUACAAUUUGCGCUAUUUUCGCCUCCACGAAUGUUUGAUCUGCAAACUUCACUUCGCAAAAGGAGCAGUGCGCCGAGUCCUCUUUGCGCCAUAAAGAAGCAGGAGAAGGGCCACGGCUGCCCUUGCGCUUCUGAUGUCUUCAAGAAUGCUGGGGCCAACCCAUCACAGUAAGCCUUGUCCAUUUUGACCCACAAUGGAGCUCAAGGUCUGGGUGGAUGGAGUUCAAAGGGUCGUGUGUGGGGUUACUGAAGCGACCACCUGCCAGGAAGUGGUGAUUGCGCUGGCUCAAGCGAUAGGUCGGACUGGAAGAUACACGCUGGUAGAAAAAUGGCGGGACACAGAGCGCCAUCUAGCCCCUCAUGAGAGCCCAGUUGCCUCUCUAAAUACGUGGGGUCAAUACGCAGGUGAUGUUCAGCUGAUUUUGCUUCGCACGGGCCCUUCCCUGACUGAACGGCCCCCUUCGGAGGGGCCCCCUCUGAGGGGGCCUGAACGCGGCUUUCAUCGACAGAGCCUCCCCCCACUCGCAAAGCUUCACCAUCCCAACGAUCGCUCCCUCUGUCGCCGUGAGCCUCGGCGCAAGUCUCUCACCUUUACAGGAGCUCCCCGAGGUCUGAGGGAGAUACUGAGCGGUGGGCGGGCGAGUGAAGUUGAAGCCAAGAGGAGACUUCACGUAGGAAACGGUGGGACCCACCAUCAUGCCGGAGGAGCCACUGGGAGCGCAUCCCAUGGCCUGUGGGCCUGUCGCACGGAGGACCUGGUUCGACUGGUGGGCGUUCAGAGAGAAACGCUGAGCGUGCUGGAAAAGAAACUAGAGGUUUAUGAAGCUGAGCUCAAAGCCUGGGCCGAGGUGCGAGCGGGACGAGCUCCGGGCUGCACCGGGGACUCGGGCGGGGGUCUGAUGGAGGAGAUUUUGAGACUGGAGAAGCAUCUGAGGAAGACUGAGGUGGAGAUGGAGGAGGAGGAGUUUUGGACCACUGAGCUGCAGAUUGAGCUGGAGAGUGAGAGGCAGUUGGAGGAGAGGCUGGAAGAGCUGCAUGGUCGUCUGCAGGGCUGCGAAAAGGAGAUUGAAGAGAAAAUGGCAAUGGUGCAGGGUGUCGAAAGUGGUUUGGAGGAGAUGCGUCUGCAAAGAGAGCGUCAGGAGACCGAGUGGCUCAACGAGGCGGAGGCUCGAGCUCAGGUGCUCCGACUCAAAGCAGAACUGAAAGCACAAGAGAGACAAGCUGUCCAGAUGGAGAGCAGCAGUAGAGCUGUGGACAGGUCACUAGGACAAAGCACCAAAAAACUACAGGACAUGCAGCAUGAGCUGGAACAGCUAACCAAGGAGCUCAGGCAGGUUAACCUGCAGCAGUUCAUCAAGCAAACCGGCACCAAGGUCACAGUGCUGCCAGCUGAACCUGCGGAGGACGAAAGUACAAGCACCAAUCGUGUCAUAGAUUUGGUUCCACUAACCGGCUCCCUGAAGCGUCCCGUGUCCCUGCAACCGUUGUCCGGCCAUCUCCGGGUCUUAAAAAGUCCUCUCAGCUCCGGCCUCAACCCAGAGGGCAUCUAUGUUUGAGGCGCCACCACACUCAUGUGCUGCCGGUGACUAGAGCACAAUGGUUCAUUUCCCCUUGGAGCUUUUUCAAUUGGAUCACUUUGCACAGGAUACCUCAAAAACACAAACCCGUACAGUGUCGUCUAACGAGGCAACCACUUGCGAAGGAACAGUGUAAAAACUUUGCUGGUGAAGGAUUUGUUGGCACACAAAGAAGGUCUUGUGUUAAGCAUGCACUUUGAAGCAUUUCUAACCACCGCCCAGGCCGCCCUGGACAUCUUUUAAAACACAACCAAGUAAUGUAUAGUUUUACUCACUCUAGUAGCGCCUGAAGGCUUUAUACUGCUUUCUUGCUGGUACUAUAAUUCCAAACUGGCCUUUAUAGAAUGAAUGUGAAUUGAUGAAAUUAUAUCCAUUUAGUAGUUAUGCAAUGAACACAUUUAUUCCACCUGAUGCCAGACUGACUUAAACUAUGAAGGAUAUAAGAAAAACAAUUAUAAUAUAGUUGACUGUAACUCCUACUUGUUAAAACUAUGCAUAAAUAGGUUUAUUUCUAUAAAAGUCUUUCUUUGAAAUCUAAAAUGUUUUCUUUAGCUAAUCAAGUGGCGCAUUCCCUCAAUGAUAAAUGCAGUGUCCUUAUUCUUGCAGUGAUAUAGGCUACAUGAAAUCAAGUCACUUGUUCUCCAAAACUUUUUAUUCGUUUGUUCUUGUAUGUUUUAUGCCUUGUGGCCAAAGAUGAACAGCUCUGAGCGCAUGAUUGUGAUGUUUUUAUAGCCAUAUACCGAACAUGAAACGCACCAAUAGUACAGUGAAUCACUUGUGGCAUGCUACAGCUCUUUAAUGUACAAUGUGCGUAUGUGUUCAUGUUAGAUUGUAUCUCAUCUGCUAACCACAGCAAAGUGCCUUAAUGUAUUCGCUGGGUAGUAGGUGAUGAUAAUGAUGAAAAUAAAGCUACGGUGGUAAUAUUGAAGACAUAAGUUUGGUGGUUAGAGUUUGCUGCCCUGAUAACAUGGCAACAACCAGUAACGUUGUUCUUGUCAAUAGUUAAUAGGGAAUAUUUGAGAUUGGAUAAGUCUGCAAGUGUUCUCCACAUUGUUACUGUUAUCACCACUUAUUUGUUGUAAAAUAUUCCAUAUUAAUAUUCAACCCAUUCAUAACAUUCUUUAUGCUUUACUUGGACAAUGAAUUUUCUUGAUGUUUGCAGUCUUAGCAUCUGUCACGUUGCACAAAUUCCAUAAGAAACAUGAUAGCCAACAUAUACGUAUCUUACAUUUAUUUUUAAAUGACAUGCUUGUUUUUAAAUUACACUUGUUUUGUAUCAACUUAUAAAUAAGGACGGAUUUCUACUUUAAGGAAACCUACUUGUGUGCAUUUGUGUGAUGAGAUGUAUGAAGUAGCUGUGAUCACUGUUUACAAUGCUCUUGAGAUUUGCAAGAUGUCAACUGUACCCACGUUUGUUUUUUAUUCCGCCUUGAAAGAGGUACGGUUGUAACUGUUGAUGAGAUAAUGGCAUGACUCAAUAAAACCGUCUGACACAAGUUUUAAAAAUAUA